AUGGUGAAGAUAACAUUCAAGACCGUACAGAAUAAGCUCUUCACGGUGGAAGCGGAGGGAUCAGAGACCGUUUGCGAUCUCAAGAAGAAGAUCCAGGAGACACAGACUUUCCCCGCUGAGAACCAGAAGUUGAUCUACUCAGGGAAGAUUCUCAAUGACACUGCUACGGUUGAAUCACUCAAGAUCAAGGAGAAGGACUUCUUGGUGGUCAUGGUUUCAAAGCCCAAGGCCGCUCCUGCCGCUUCCUCAUCUACCCCAGCUUCCGUCGCUCCAGCGCCAUCGACCGAGACUCCAGCCGCUCCUGCUGCUGCCCCACCCCCAGCUACCGAAUCUGCUCCCGCACCUACAACAGAGACACCCGCUUCUGUACCAGCUGCUGAGGAGAGCUCGACCGCUGUUGAAUCAGGACUUGGAAGUGGUUUCCUUACCGGUUCAGCGUUGCAAUCUGCUACUGAUUCAAUGGUGGAAAUGGGUUUCGAGCGUGAUUUGGUGAUUAGAGCUUUAAGAGCUAGUUUCAAUAAUCCUGAUAGAGCUGUAGAGUACCUCAUGAGUGGAAAUAUCCCUCAGAUCGAAGGAAUGGGUCAAGGCGGUGGUCAACCUCAAGCUCCUCCGGCCCCUUCUGCUCCCGCCGCUACUCCUGCAGAAUCAACGCAGCCUGCCCAACCUGCUGCUCCCGCUCAACAACCGGCUCAACAGCCCUCCGGUCCCGCUGGAAGUGCCGAGAAUCUUUUCGCCGCCGCCGAAGCUGCCAUGAACCGUGAUCGAGGUGCUCCAGCUGGUGGUGCAGGUGGACUUGGUGGUGUUCCUGGAGGUCCUGCUGGAGGUCCAGGUGCAGGUGCAGGUGGAUUAGCCAAUGCACCUCAUUUACAGCAGAUCAGAGAGCUGGUUCAACAAAAUCCUGCACUCAUUCAACCCUUACUACAACAAAUCGCCGCGUCGAAUCCGCAACUCGCCCAAUUGAUCAACGAGAACCCUCAAGCGCUCUAUGAGCUACUUGGAGCUGGUGGAGAAGGUGACGAAGAGGAUGAAGGAUUUGGUGGACCUCAGGUCAUGCAGGUUAACUUGACUCAGGAAGAAGCUGCUGCCGUUGAGAGGCUCGAAGCUCUUGGCUUUGACCGUCAAAUGGUGUUACAAGCAUACAUGCUUUGUGACAAGAACGAAGAGCUCGCUGCUAACUUCCUUUUCGAUCAAGGAGAAGAUGAUUAG